CGUCCAUGUUUUGAUUUUCAAACUUAGAUUCUGGUGGUGGGUCCCACUCUAUUCUCAAAUUAAGAAGCUAAAAGAGCACGACAAAACGACACUAACGGACCAAAAACGACACCGUUACGAGAGCUAAAACGACGACGUUUUGGGGUUGUAUAUAAAGAGAAACUCUGGUUGAUAAGGGCGCGGGUCAAUUGUUGAAAAAGUGUCAAGUGGGAUAAUCAAAAGUCCCUCUCUUCUCUCUAAGUCCGAGUGUGUCGUGGAAUCUCCGAGUGCCCUCCGCCAUUGAUAAACACCUCUCCUUUUUCUCCUCACUAACCCUAACGAAGCUUUAAUCUCACGCCCUGUAAUUACUAAGGCAUGGCUGCCUCGCUGGUUAUGCCUUCUCCUUCCUCGUCGUCGUCAUCGGCGACGUCAGCGGCGUUGGCGGCGGCGGCUUCUCUGUCUUCUUCUUCGUCUCGCUCCUUGCUCUGUCGUAGAACUUUGUUUGAGUGUGACUCUUUCACUCGAAUUUAUGCUACUAACACCGUGAGGUGUGAUAUGGCCGAGUCAAACAGGCUUGGGAAUGUGAAACCGACCAUUCCUAUUCUUAAUGAUAGAACACUGCCUAGGUUCUUGGAAUCGGUUCCAGUGGAGAGACAAGUUGACAGAAACAACUCCAAAAUUAAGUUGUUUUCUGGCUCAGCCAAUCCUUCACUCAGUCAGGAAAUCGCAUGGUACAUGGGUCUUGAACUUGGAAAGAUCAACAUAAAGAGAUUUGCUGAUGGUGAAUUUUAUGUUCAGUUGCAAGAGAGUGUAAGAGGAUGUGAUGUCUAUCUUUUGCAGCCAACAUGUCCUCCUGUGAAUGAGCAUCUCAUGGAACUAGAAAUAAUGAUUGAUGCUUGUCGAAGGGCAUCUGCGAAAAAUAUUACUGCUGUAAUUCCAUAUUUUGGGUAUGCCCGAGCAGAUAGGAAGACCCAAGGACGUGAAUCAAUUGCAGCUAAACUGGUUGCAAACCUUAUUACAGAAGCAGGUGCAAACCGUGUUCUUGCUUGUGAUAUUCAUUCUGGGCAGUCACUAGGUUAUUUUGAUAUUCCAGUGGAUCAUGUGUAUUGUGAGCAAGUGAUUCUUGAUUAUCUUGCUAGCAAGAAAAUUUGUUCUGAAGAUUUGGUAGUGGUCUCACCUGAUGUUGGUGGAGUUGCCAGAGCGCGUGCAUUUGCGAAAAAAUUAUCUGAUGCACCUUUAGCCAUUGUAGACAAGAGACGCCAUGGGCACAAUGUGGCUGAGGUUAUGAAUCUGAUUGGUGAUGUGAAAGGCAAAGUUGCAGUUAUGGUUGAUGAUAUGAUUGAUACUGCUGGCACAAUUUCAAAAGGUGCAGCCCUUUUGCACCAAGAGGGGGCUCGGGAAGUGUACGCAUGCUGCACCCAUGCAGUGUUCAGCCCGCCAGCAAUUGAGAGGCUUUCAGGUGGGUUGUUUCAGGAGGUGAUUGUGACAAACACCAUUCCCGUCCCAGAGAAAAAUUACUUUCCUCAGUUAACUGUUCUUACAGUGGCUAACUUGUUGGGCGAAACUAUUUGGCGCGUUCACGAUGAUAGUUCUGUGAGUAGCAUUUUUCAGUGAAAUCAUAUAAAGAAAGACUUGAAGGCAUUGAUAGCGAUAGGCCACUCCUUUUAUAUUUAAUCCCUCAGUGAAUUCAUUCUCUCUUGGUCCCUCCCAAUUAUCUUGUCCCCUCUUUUCUUUUUUAAUACUAGAGAAUAGAGAUAUUUUAAUAACCACAUUUGCACACACAGCAAAAUAUUAGGCUUUGUGUUGGUCAGAUUGAUAAGAGUUUAAAUCCAUUGUUUUGGUAAGAACCAAGAGAGAUAGUUGGUGAGACGAAAGGUGUUGGGUUGGGAUCUUUGUCUACCAUAUUUAAUUCUUUUCUGAUUUUUUCUCCAUAUAAUGAAAUUUUAGAGUUAAAUCGA